ACUAUUCCAAAAGGAAAUAUGAACGGCCGUCCGCCCACUUCUUUCUUACCUUUUCCUCAAUUCUUCCCUCUAUGCAGUAUUCCAUCUUUUUGGCUUUCGGACUCUUCAUUGCGCCAUCAAUGGCAAACCCUAUUGGGAUCUCAUCGCCGUCAUCUUGUUUCCUUCACUGCGGGCUAGUGGCCCACUCAAAGCCCUAUCCACCGGCGAGGAUAUCCUUCCGGCCUGCCGGUCCAUGCAUGACCUAUCCGCCGCCCCGCUCUCUUGCAGCACGGCGGUCGGCCGACCAGUGCCUCCCGAGCGACGCUAACGGGAGAGGAGUGAGUUGUCCGAAAGAGCUUGUCCGGACCCUUCUGAUCGAUAACUAUGACAGCUACACCUAUAAUAUCUACCAGGAGCUGGCUGUCGUCAAUGGAGUUCCUCCUGUGGUUAUUCGCAAUGAUGAGUGGACAUGGGAGCACAUCCAUUAUUAUUUGUACAAAGAAAAUGAUUUUGAUAAUAUUGUCAUAUCUCCUGGGCCCGGCUCACCAACAUGCCCGACAGACAUAGGGGUAUGCUUGCAAGUACUUACUCAAUGCAAGGACAUUCCAAUAUUAGGAGUUUGUCUUGGUCACCAGGCAUUGGGUUUUGUUUAUGGCGCUCGAAUUGUGCAAGCCCCUGAGCCAAUUCAUGGACGUCUGAGCGAAAUUGAACAUACAGGCUGCAAUCUCUUCAAUGGUAUUCCAUCAGGACGAAGAUCAGGAUUCAAGGUUAUGCGUUACCAUUCACUUGUGGUAGCUGCUGAAUCAAUUCCUGAGGAACUUGUCCCUACAUCAUGGAUUACUUCUGUGGGUACACAUUCUUAUUUUGAAACACAAGAAUAUGAUAUGAGUUGUGGUUCCUUUGUGAAUCAAACACAUAACUUCCAACCUUUUGGUGAUUUAUCCGGUGAUUUAGAGGGUGCAGGAUUGUCUGAUAUUGACAUUUUAAAUGACCCGGAGAGAAGCAAAAUCCUUAUGGGUCUUAUGCACUGCAGCAAGCCACAUUAUGGUGUUCAGUUCCAUCCUGAGAGCAUUGCUACCUGUUAUGGUAGGAAGAUAUUUGAGAAUUUCAAGAAGAUUACAGUUGACUAUGGGUUGAGGUCCAGCCUACAAAAAAGAAAGGUGGCUGGAGCUUGCCAAUCUCCUAAUGGAUUUCAAAGAAGAAAUCUAUUGCAUAACAGAGAUCCGUCAAAAAAUCAUGUGCGUUUGUGUGUGAGUCCAACCCUUACACCAAGAAGUGUUGAUGCCAAGUAUCUAAAAUUGCAAUGGAAGAAGGUUGAUUGCUUAGAAAGUCAGGUUGGAGGCUCAAAAAAUAUUUUCUGCAAUCUAUUUGGAGAUGAUAAUGCGGAAAACACGUUUUGGUUGGAUAGCUCCUCCACAGAUCAUGGCCGGUCACGUUUUUCAUUUAUGGGUGGUAAAGGCGGUUCGUUGUGGAAGCAAAUAACUUAUCACAUAUCACAGCGAAGUGAAAUGACAAGCAAAUCUGGAGGGUAUUUAUCAAUUGAAGAUGUCCAUGGUUCCGUGAAAAUAAAGUUUCUUGAAGACGGUCUAUUUGAUUUUCUGGAUAAGGAACUCCAGAAAUUUCAAUACGACAAAAAGGAAUUUGAAGGCUUGCCCUUUGACUUUUUGGGCGGUUUUAUUGGUUACAUUGGGUACGAUCUGAAAAUUGAAUGCGGGGCAUUAUCUAAUAGAUUCAAGUCAACUGCUCCUGAUGCCUGUUUCUUCUUUGCUGAUAACAUUGUAGCUGUUGACCAUAGCAAUGGGGAUGUUUAUAUUCUGCAAAUACAUGAUAAAUUUCAAUCACGUUCUAAUUCUGCACCACAAUAUUGUAAAGAGAACUUAUGGCUGAAUGAAACAGAAAAGAAGCUUCUUAGCUUGAAGGGCUUGGCUUCUAGAAAGAUGAAAUGGCAGAAAAAGCAAGCGGGAUUAUCCACCCAACGCAGAGGAACCUUUGUAGCUGAUAAAUCAAAGCAUCAGUACAUCAAAGAUGUUGAGAAAUGUUUGGGAUUUAUUAGAGACGGAGAUAGCUAUGAGUUAUGCCUCACAACUCAGAUGAGAAUGAGGGUUGGCAACAUAAAUGCUCUGAAUAUUUAUCUUGAUUUGAGAGAAGCAAAUCCUGCCCCAUUUGCUGCUUGGCUUAAUUUUUCCAGAGAAAAAUUAUGCAUAUGUUGUUCUUCACCUGAGAGGUUUCUGCGGCUGGAUGAAUCUGGAAUUCUAGAAGCAAAGCCGAUCAAGGGAACUAUUGCUCGUGGAAGUACAUCAGAGGAGGAUGAAUGUCGAAGGUUACAACUGAAGUACAGUGAAAAGGACCAGGCUGAAAAUCUCAUGAUCGUCGAUCUCUUGAGGAAUGAUCUCGGCCGGGUUUGCGAACCUGGCAGCGUCUGUGUGCCUCGGCUGAUGCAAGUCGAGUCCUAUGCAACCGUCCACACAAUGGUUAGCACAGUUCAAGGGAAGAAAAGUUCAAACACCGGCCCUAUUGGGUGCAUCAAAGCUGCAUUUCCUGGAGGUUCAAUGACUGGAGCUCCAAAGUUAAGAUCAAUGGAAAUUCUGGAUUCUAUAGAAAGUUCAUCCAGAAGCAUCUAUUCAGGUUCAAUAGGAUUCAUUUCAUAUAACCAAACAUUUGAUCUUAAUAUAGUAAUCAGGACCAUUGUUAUACAUGAAGGGGAAGCCUCUAUUGGAGCUGGUGGGGCAAUUGUAGCUUUGUCUAAACCAGAAGACGAGUAUGCAGAAAUGUUGUUGAAAGCCAGGGCCCCAACCAAAGUCGUGGAAGGGCACACAAGAGAUUUGGAUAAUUGUGACAGUGCUGUGAAAGUUGCAGUUUGAUAGGGCCUCUUGUUGCUGGAUACUCUUCAGAUUUUACAGUAAUAAUACCUUCAAAGAAAUAGUUUUACAGAAUAAAUCAGGUGAUUAGAGAGUGAUUUUGUAUUUUGCUGUAUUCAAUUCAUCUGCAAAAAUUUGUAGAUGAUUGGUAUAAUUGGAGAUGGUGUCAAAAUAGUGUUUCUGUGCCUUUAUAUUCAAUUUGAUUUAUGUAAUACGACAAGUUAUGUACUUGAUGAAUUAG